CAAAGGGUCAUUCAAAAGAUACAAGAAAAGGAUCAACAACAGAAUAUCAAGAGUAUGUACUGCCUGAGCUUGAUGGAAACAAUUUCAAUUGCAAAGUUGAAUAUCACAAGGACAAAAAUUUUAAAAUCAAGAAAGAAAUUAUGGAAGAUGUGCAGAUCAAGAGUGAGCCGGAGGAAUCAACAGGUCGAGAUGAUGAUUGGUCAGAUUUUUGUAUAACUACUCAUAUUUCUUCUGACAACAAUUCUAGUGCCAAUACUUUAAUUGAAUACGAAAACGACGACAAUUUGGAGAUCAAGGAAGAAGUUAUCGAAGGGAAAUCAAAUCGUGAUUUAAUGAAAAUAGAAGUCAGAUCAAGAGGGGGAUAUCAAGUAUAUCCUUCAAAAAACCAGUGGGAAGACCACAAUCUACUGCCUAGAAGUGAUGAAAAGGAUUCCACGUGCUCAGUUCAAUAUUUCAGAGACGAAACUUUGGAAAUCAAGGAAGAAAUUAUCGAAGAUAAUGAAAGUUUAUCGGACAGGGAUGUAAAACCAGAAGCCAAAAGAAAACCGAAAAUACAAGAGCCAAAUGUGGAAUCAAAAAAGAAAUACCAAUGUGGAAAAUGUUCGCGAAUCUAUGUACAGAAAAAAGAUCUUAAUUCUCACCUAAAAUAUGAAUGUAACGUCACGCCACAGUUUAAAUGUCAAUUUUGUGGCAAACUAUUUAAACGAAAACAUCACAUGAAUCGUCACGUAGGUCAUCUGCAUCUCCACCAAAAAUAUUUAAAGGCAUCGCAAACGAAUCCUAAGUGUGAUUAAUGUUCUCGAAGUUACAAAUGAUUACAUGGUUUAGAUCAACAUAAACGUGAACAAUACGAAGCAAUUGGACGACACUUCGCUUGCGAUUUUUGUGGUUUUAAUGCACUAGAUAAAAGUCGCUUGCCAGAACUUAUUAUUGCACGCUAUCUGAAAUAAUUUAAUUGCAUACGCUAAACUUUAAACCAUUUAAAUCUUAGGAUUUUUGCAUUUCGUUAAAUGCUUGUAUAUUGAAACUAACUUUGCGUGAUAAUCACUAUAUAACAAUAAAUUUAAUUUAUUUCAAGGCUUGCUAGAGAGUAAAUCCACACUCCAUCGAUAUCGAUAUAAAUUACUUUCGUUUCAUGUACAAUUUCUUUUACUACGUUGUGUUUAUUAGGAAAAAAUUUAGGUUUGUGAAAGUACAGUUUCUCAACCAUUUAUAUCACAAAAUUAGGAAAUUACUUUAUAGUAUCUGGUAAAGCUUGUGUAAACUAUAUUCGCUUUAUAAUUUGAGUUGAGAAACUUUUUUAUUAUUAUAGAAAUAUGAAUAUAUUUGAUGUAUAGUUAAUUAAAUAACUUUACUCUAUUGUAAGUAUUAUUUCUUGUCAAAUUUACUUUAAGGUAUUUUUUCAUAUAAUAUAUAACCCGAAAUUUGUAAAUAUGUGAAGCAUGUAAAGGAAUUUAAAAUAAAGAAUGAAGU